GCUUAGAGUAAUUUGAAGUUGCCGCGUUACAUUAUGUACAUAUAAAGAAGCGCAAUCGAUAGUAUCAAUAGUAUCGAGCCAAAACGAUCUGAAUUAUGAUCACUAGAUUUAAGAGACAUACGAAAUAAAACGAACGAGCAAGGAACUACAUCGAGCGGAUUAAGGAAGGUCUUAAUUGUGUAGACGGAUUCCACUGGAAAACUGUUGGAGGGACUUAGCUCGUACAUUUGGCGCCCUAGCAGGGACCUUUGGAGAAGGUUCAAUUACCGGAUGGAGUUCACGACUGGAACUCAAUAAAUAUUUCACCCUGAGUCUGGCUGACGGCGAGUGCGACAGCGGCUUCGGUAUCGAAUUCAGGGCGUCGGCUUUGGAGAUCCCCCAGGCGUGAGAGUGAGCGUCAGUGGAGCACCGACGAUGCAGCAUGUGCCAAGCGCAGCGCCACCGCAAUGGUCACCAGAAAUGGUUAAAGAAAUGCUGGAAUACCUAAAUUCCGUUCUGCAGCCUGAGCAGCAACAACAACAGCAACAAAAUCAGCCACAGCAACAGGCGCCACAGAUGCAACAGACGCAGCAGCAAAUGCGCGCCCAAAAGCAGAUUAAUUCAAUUGUGUGCUUCAAUCUGGCGGCAGGACAGUUGCAGCAGCUGGCCGAAGAGUCAGCCGCAGCCAACCCUGGCCAAUCCUGCGUAAAUGUGUUGCUGAUGACGCCCGUCCAGAUUUUGCCGGACAUAUUUCAGGCACUGUCUGGCACCGUGUCGUGUCCAUGUCGUCAUCAGACAUGGAAUUCGAGGUGCAUUCCAGUUCCAAGGUGGUGCCGUCCAGUGUCGGAGUGGGUCCCAGGAUGCCACCACAGCAACAACAGCAUCCCCAGCAUAUGGCGGCACAGCAGCAGCAAAAAAUCUCGGCCAUGUCCUCGCCUUUGCAUCAUCCCGUAAUGGAGGCAUCAACAGCACUGUUGUCAUUGACCGAUGAUCCACCGCAUGAUCAGUUGGUGGAACAGUCCAUCAACCUAAAGGUGGCUGUUCCCUCCGGUAAUGACAAAGUGAUCAGCUCCUUGCAGAGCGAGCAUAAACAGCAACUGGACACAGUCCAACAGGCGCCCAUUCAUAAAGGAAGGAAGUUAGUGGAUCAGGUUCUAAUGGAGAAGGAGAUGGACAAAGUUGAAACCGAUGUCCAAAGCUCCAUUUACUUCCUUCUGGAAGAAGACGAGCAGCUCUCACCGUUGGGCACCAAAAUAAAUUCAAAUCACCUAGAAACAAAGGGGCUAAGCAUUACAAGAAAUGUGGCAAAUCUGAUUAGGUAUGCAUCCCAUAUCACAGAUUUUGAUGAAAACUAUGUUUAUUUUAAAACACGCGUAGUGGGCAUUUUUGCUGUAUUAUGCCUUUAUCAUGACUGAAACUGCCGUUAAUAGAAGUCUUAAAGUAGUUUGAUUAAAUAUGGCUGAAAUUGCCAGUAGUCUUAAAGUAGUUUGAUUAAAUAUGGCCGAAAUUGCCGAAGACAGUAACAAAACUGUCCGAUCGACCAUCUUUUCUUAAUUGGAAAAGAACAGAUUGCUGAUGCGGAAGAUUGGUUUCUUCCGAAACAGUUUAUUAAUGACAUUUUUUUAAAAUAAUUAUGUAGUCUGGUCGCUGAAGUAGAUUAGAUGGAUAGAUUGAGCAGCUCUGCCGUCAGCUCUGUCCACAUCCUUGGAUUCAUCAUUUUUGACGGCAUCUGCUCGCGACAAUAUUGUCAGUGAUGGGUAGAUGCGGUUGAUACCGAUGGUUUUUUCGAUAACUAUUUAAUAAUUUUUGAUUUCGUCUCCUCUUUAAUUUUAUUUAUUGUCCAUCUCAAGCUGGUGAGAAAAGUCAAAGAUUGUAAAUCAAAUUAAAAGUAAGUGUGCGGCCGAUCAGAGUAUAUAUUUGGGGCCCGAACUCGGUUUUUUAGGUUUUUCUCAAAAAACCUAUGGUUGAAACAUGGUGGAAA